GGCAGUCUAACCUCUCCUCUUCACUCAGGACUUUAGAGCUUUGAUGGUCCCAUGCUGCUGAUUCAGUAAUUACUAAUUCAAUCAUCCAUCAGAUGAUCAAUCAGCUUCAAUAACAGUGUAGAUGUAGGAGUCAGUAGAAGCUGGUGUUGUGGCUUCAAACUGGAAAUGAAUCAGCAGACUGGAUCAGAUGUGGAAGAAGUGUGGGUGGAGCCUGCUGGAGAACCAUGGUUGAGACCAGGAGGUGUGAGGAAGUAUUCCUGUCCACUCACCAUCCACAUGGACACAGUGAGCAGAAAACUCAAACUGUCUGACAAUAACAGGAAGGUGACAUAUGUGAAGGAGCUUCAGUCAUAUCCUGGUCAUCCAGACAGAUUUAUCUGGUGCCCUCAGCUGCUGUGUGAAAAUGUUCUGACUGGUCGCUGCUACUGGGAGGUCGAGUGGAGAGGAGACGUUUUUAUAUCAGUGAGUUACAGAGAAAUCAGAAGGAGAGGAGACAGCAGAGACUGUUUGUUUGGAUGGAAUGAUCAGUCCUGGAGUCUGAGAUGCUCUGAUGUUAAAGGUUACUCUGUCUGGCACAAUAACAGAGAAACACCCAUCUCCUCCUCCUCCUCCUCCUCCUCCUCCUCCUCUGUCUCUAACAGAGUAGCAGUGUAUGUGGACUGUCCUGCUGGCUCUCUGUCCUUCUACAGAGUCUCCUCUGACUCACUGAUCCACCUCCACACCUUCAUCACCACAUUCACUCAUCCUCUCUAUGCUGGAUUUGGGGUCUGGCCCAAGCCUGGUUCCAGGUUUGGUUCCUGGGUGUGUGUGUGUUGAGUGUGAAGAGUGUGAUGGUAGCAGAGAAACUCUGACUGGUGAACAGAUAGUUCAGUCUGUACAUGUCUGUCUCUUUCACUCAGAAACAUCUUUUCAGAUUCAUGGA